AUGGCGGACCGAGGCAGCUCUAGCUUCGGGGACGUCCAAAGCAGUGGAGCUUCUUCAGCACUUCCUGAUGUGAGUGUCCCGGUCCUCAGCCAGAUCCACGUUUCCUGCUACGUCACAGCUGCAAAUCGAGCAGCGCCGGUGUUCGAGGUUCUCCCACAGCACAACUGCGUGCGAGUUGUGAAUAAAGCCUCGAGUGAUGCAGCUUCCGGUAACAGCGGAACUGUGGCGACCGGAACUACUGACAUCGUGGCGCCUGUGGCCGAGUGGGACUUUCAUUCGGUCUUUUCGUCGACAUCGCCUUCACACGCCAUUGAUUUCUUCACUGAGAUCACAUUACCAGCUCUUCGUACAGCGCGAGACGGAAUCAACUCCAACGUUGUCGUGUGGGGUGUGCAUCCUACGCAGAAGUUUAGACUGCUGUUCGGUAAAAGUGUGGGUGGGGGCGGGUUUGCUCCUCGACCGGAAAUGGCUGUGAAUGAUGUCGUGGAGCUCUACGGCCAGCUUGUGGGGAUGCUACAUGCAUUUUACUCUCGAUUGGAUCUGGGAUCUCGACCGAUUCAGGACGAGCCGUGGCGACUGGGAAUUAGCAGUUGGAUUAUCGUGAACAACCAAGAAAUUGACCUCUUGAAGAGUCCGAUAGGAGGGGCGUCAACUGAAGGAAGCAGAAUGCCAUCGGAGAAAGCUGAACCAUUGUCGUUUGUCUCGCUAGAGGCGACAUCACUGGCUACCGCUUUUCGCAUUGUUCAAACUGCGAAGACCAACCGCAUCGUACGCAAACAGAACGCAGAAAGUGUCCACUUUUUCGUACGUUUGGCGUUAUUUCAUGGCGGUCAGGUCAGCACGGUGCACCUUGUUGACCUUAUCGACCAGAAAGAAUCCCAAGACCCCGUCUUGAAUCAAGAGAAGUACGAGUUCUACAACAUUUUGCAGGGGCUACGACAGCCCUCAUUUUCUCCGAGGCGAACUGGAGACGGAUGUGGCGGAGGAGCUGCAGUAAUGAGUUCUGCUGGGAAGAUGGUCCUGUCUAACUUCAUGUUGCCGCUCUUGACUGCGAACGCCAAGACCUUUCUGUAUGCAAAUGUGAUUGACUCGCGCUCGAGUUUGCGGGAAAGCGUGCAGAUGCUAAACGCUGUGGCUAACCUUCGAGGAUUCGCAUGUGUUUGCAAACCACUACGCGGCGUUACGUUUGAGCAGCUCCGUUUCCAAGCUAGCCCAGACGAAGAGCGACAAGAAAUCUUCAGUCAAGCAGAACAGUUUAACGCACCAGACUUGGGCAUAGACUCAAGGCCUACCCUGAAUCGCGCGUCGACUUCACCACCUAUGGCAGCGUCUUCAGCUCGGUCAUCUUCGCCCAUAAUCGUACAAACACUGGAGAGUGAGCUGCCACCCCAUCAACUACCACAAACGAAGUUAUCCAGCUCGUUUUCAGAUGGAGCGUUUGAGUCGGAAGCUAUGAGCUGGUUGAGUGAGUUUGCUCAACGGAAACGAAACAUUCUUGGAGGAUCUAUUGACACGAUCGACACGGUUGCCUCAAUAGCUCGAGUCCCCGAAAUCCGUGCAAGUCUACCAUUAUCUUGUGGAGAAUCUGAAAAUGAGUUUAUUGACCGGAGUGACGCAACGCUAGAAGCACACGCGACUAUCACAGAUUUAUAUAAGCAGUUGCGUGAGUCGUUGGAAGAUGUCCAGGAGAUAGAGCUGGCUGGAUCGGAGAGUCCACGGGGAUCCUACUGCUCACUUCACUCGUUGCCUCCUGGUCGCUCUACGCCUGAAUCUCAUCCGCCACUACCGAUUGUUGACCAAGAGGCAGAGCAAGAGGACCUACCGCGGGUUGGAUACAGCAGAAGUACCAUUGGAGGUAUCGCGCGGCACCAACUACAGCAGUCACAUGAACCAAAUCAAGAGGAGCUACUGCCAUGGUCUCAGUUUAAUCCGGAAGCGUUCAAAAAAGCUGGCUUACACCCCUGUAUCUUGGAGCCUCCGAAUCUCAACGGGUUAGAUGCAAAGACUGCGGAAAAGGUUCAAGCGGCAGAUGCAACUUUACUUCGCAAGAACUAUGACGCACUGCUAUCAAUCGUCCGUGAACAACAGCAAGCAAAGGAGGCAGCCGAGGCGCGAGCGGCCGAGGCUUUGCAGGAUCAGGAGGAGCAACGAGCAAUGUUCGAAGUUCAGAUUGAAAACAUGAAGCUGGCGAAUGUCGGGCUUCGAAGCAAAGUACGCGCGCUAGGGAAUCGAACUUCACUGCCUCAAGUGUUUGAGCAGUAUGAACAGGAGCUACGAACACUUCACGCCCAGGUCGAGGAGCUACAAGCACGAAACGUGGCGCUUGAGCUCCGGGUUGGUGGCGAUGGAAAUGGAGGACCAGGCGGAUCUGCUUCCGAAAUCAAGAAGAAGUAUCAACAAGUGGUCGAAGAGAAGUUGGCACUUGAGCGAGAACUCAUGGAGCAUCGAAGGAGAGAAAGGUUAGUUUUCUUACUAGGUGGUGGCAUCAACAGGCAUCAUCAAGUCCACAGUCGCCUUGCGGGUGAAUCCACUCGUCGUGUAGACCAACUUUCACGCGACUUGAACAACAAGGAAGAGGAUCUAGUGGCUACCCGGCUGAGCAAGCAGCGGUUGAGCGCUGAAAUGAACCAGGCUCUUGAAAAGGCCGAUCAAUUGCAUCAUGAGAACGAAAAGCUGCUACAAGAGAAGGCGGCUACGGCCGAGGAGCUCCUCGCCACUAGGAUGUAUCUGGCCUCUCUUGAAAACGAGAAGAAGAAAGCCUCGAUCCUCGACCGCUUCGUUGAAAAGCAUGGCAACCGCAUGAACAAGUUGCGUCAGCAUUGUCAAACGUCUUCUGGGAAUUGGAGACGCGACCAGUACGCUCGUGAAUGUGAAGACAAGCUUCUAGCAACAGUGAAGCGCUCGCUUCCUCAGGCAGUCCCGCUCUGCAACAAGCUGCUGCGACGCCUAGAGAUGCAGGAGCUGUCGCUACGUGAGUUCUCCGAGCGGGAAGUGGACUUCAUCAAUCUGCUCGUGGAACUUGUGUCGGACCAACCGACAGUCUCACUCAAGCAGAUGAUUGAACAGGAAAUGACGAAGCUUCAAUCAUGCUAA